GGCCCUCUUCUGUUUCUUGCUAUCAUGGACUCUGUCAACUCUGAUCACGACCGACAGGCGUAUAUCGAUAAAAUCAUCGAAGACCCAAAUCUCAAAUUCGUUUUCGUCGGUGGGAAGGGAGGUGUAGGCAAGACCACAACCUCCUCAGCAAUUGCUAUACAGUUGGCAUACACUCGCAAGGUUCUCUUGCUAUCAACAGACCCAGCUCAUAGUCUCGGCGAUGCAUUCCGUACGAGGUUCGGUGGCGAGCCUACACCAGUCCCCGGCGUUCCGAACUUGGACGUCCUCGAGAUCAAUCCUCAAACAUACCUUAAAGAUGAGCUCCAGCAGUGGGGGGAGCUCGCUCAUCAGGCCGGCUACAAUGACCUCAUCAACAACAUUGAGAAGCUGCAGGACUGGAUAUCGGGCAUACCCGGUAUAGACGAGGCAACGGCACUCUCCUCGGUAGUGGAUCUACUGGAAGGCGGCCACUAUGACAUUAUAGUCUUCGAUACAGCACCGACGGGGCAUACCCUCAAACUCCUACAGCUACCUGACAUUUUGCAGGCUGGACUCACCAAAUUAGAGUCGUGGCAGACUUCACUGUGGCAGUACUGGCAGAUGGUGAAAGGAGGCAACUACUCUCAGACUGAAGCCUUGCGCAAAAAGGUCACUGGUAGGAUACGAGAUUAUAAAAAAGGUAUAGAAAAGGUUGGACGGAUGCUGAAGGAUCGGAUGAGGACCACAUUCGUGGUAGUAUGCAUCGCCGAGUAUCUCAGUAUAAAGGAGAGCCAGAGGCUGCUGAGGGAGCUCCACAAAGACCAAGUCGCAGUCUCACACGUUGUUGUGAAUCAACUGGUGCUCGGCGACUUCACUUCGUUGUCGAUCGAUGACGCCGCUACCACCCAGAAAGGCGAAGGGGUGCUCGGCCACGCUCAGUGGGAAACGGUACAACAGGCGGUUCAAUUCUGUCGGGCCAGGAAUUCUAUCCAGCAGAAGUACCUUAAUGAACUGCGCAACUUCCCUGAAGUCGCUGACGCUCAUGUAUCUAUCGUGCAAUUGCCGUUACUUCCUUAUGAAGUUACUGGCGUAUCGAACCUUCUCAAUUUCAGCCAGAUGCUCUUGCCCGAAGGCUAUCGAAAGAGCUGCGCUCCCCCGACCCCCUUGGUCCAUAGAGUGGGCGUACGAGAAGAACUGUUUGCCGAUACGUGUUCCUUUAUGGACGGCGACCGAGUGGUAGUCACAGGUCUCGCUAAAGCCCAACACUACAACAACAAACCAGCUGAAGUUGUGAAGGUCACUGACGACGGCCGAGUAGCCGUACGAGUUGAAGUUGAAGCCAACAAGUUCAAGAUGCUCUCGUUGAAGCAGGAGAACCUAAAGUUGGCCGACGACUGUGAGGACGAGUCGCGUUCCCAGAGUUCCCGUUUCUUUUAGAUUGACAACACACCACUACUGUAACAGUA